GAUCCUCGCCGAAAGGCCGAGCGUGCGCGCGCGCGGCGCAUUGCCGUGCCGUACCGGUGCCUCCCUGCCUCGCUGCGCACACGCGCGGUCAGUGGGCGAGCCGGGAGCGGCGGAGGUCACUGCGGGGAGGCGGGGCGGGGGCAGCAUGGCAGCCUCCUUACGGCUCCGUGGAGCCGCCUGCGGCCUCUGGUACUGGCGCCGCGGGCAGCGGCCGGCAGCGGCCAGCCUUGCAGCGGUGUGUUCUAGGUCAAUGGCCUCAAAGACUCCAGUUGGAUUUGUUGGAUUAGGCAACAUGGGGAAUCCAAUGGCAAAAAAUCUCAUGAAACAUGGCUAUCCACUCAUUAUUUAUGAUGUGUUUCCUGAUGCAUGCAAAGAGUUUCAAGAUGCAGGUGAACAGGUAGUGUCUUCCCCAGAAGAUGUAGCUGAAAAAGCUGACAGAAUUAUUACAGUGUUGCCCACCAGUAUUAAUGCAAUAGAAGCUUAUUCUGGAGCAAAUGGAAUUCUAAAAAAAGUGAAGAAAGGCUCACUGUUAAUAGAUUCAAGUACUAUUGAUCCUGCGGUUUCAAAAGAAUUGGCCAAAGAAGCUGAGAAAAUGGGAGCAGUUUUCAUGGAUGCCCCUGUUUCUGGUGGUGUGGGAGCUGCUCGGUCUGGGAACCUCACGUUUAUGGUGGGAGGAGUCGAAGAUGAAUUUGCUGCUGCCCAACAGUUGCUGGGCUGCAUGGGCUCCAACGUGGUGUAUUGUGGAGCUGUUGGGACAGGGCAGGCUGCAAAGAUCUGCAACAACAUGCUGUUAGCUAUUAGUAUGAUCGGAACCGCUGAAGCUAUGAAUCUUGGAAUCAGGUUAGGGCUUGACCCAAAACUGUUGACUAAAAUCCUAAAUAUGAGCUCAGGACGGUGCUGGUCAAGCGACACUUACAAUCCUGUACCUGGGGUGAUGGAUGGAGUUCCCUCAGCGAAUAACUAUCAGGGUGGAUUCGGAACCACGCUCAUGGCCAAGGAUCUGGGAUUAGCACAAGACUCUGCCACCAGCACAAAGAGCCCCAUCCUCCUGGGCAGUCAGGCCCAUCAGAUCUACAGGAUGAUGUGCGCGAAGGGCUACUCACAGAAAGACUUCUCGUCUGUGUUCCAGUUUCUACGAGAGGAGGAGACCUUCUGAGUCAGCACUUUGGUCGUGGACACUGUUGGAAACCAAACUAUCUUGAGCCUCCUUACAGCUCACACCACCAGUCAUUGAGUUUAGUCAAAAGUCACCUGUCUGUUUUUGGUUGCCUAGGUCACCGUAAACCCUAGGAUCUUUCAUCCAUUUUUAACUGCUUGUUCUUUUUAUCUUUUUAGCAAACGUACAUUAUCUGAAUUUUUUUUUUUUCUGUAAGCCACCGAUGGUCUCUGCUAACUAGCUGAUUGACCUUUUUCAAAAAUUUGAUCCGUAAUCAUCUUCAGCUAAAUCAUUGCGUACUUCAAUCAGGAUGUUAUUUACUUCACUUUAAAAAUAAAACCAAAUAUUUUUCAGUAGGACGAAACUGAUCUUAAAGGGGAAAAAGAAAAAUCCGCGUGAGGAAGGAGGGAAGGACGGUGAAUUGCCGCCUGUGUUUCUCAGGUGGUAGUAUUUUUGCAUUUCUGAGGUUACUGAUUUGUUUUCCAGGGAAUUGAUAAAGCAGGAGAACGCCUUGCUGCAUGUUUUAUACUUGGGACUCUGUUACAUCCUAGCUUGUCCAUCUCAUAUCAGUUCUCAGUGUUCAGCAGAGUUGUUUUUUAUAUUUUUGCUUCCUUGUACAUUCUGAGUACAUAUUUUUUGACUUCAGAAGAAUGACAUCUUUAGACCUGUUUCAGAGGCAAUGAUGAUAUUUGCUUUAGGUAAUUCUUACAGUAUUCUAAAUAGAGCCAUAUUAUUUUGAAUUCAAAUAAAUUUCUAUGCUGAUAAUA